AUGAAUAGGAUAAGCAUAGGCUCAGCCCUUGUUUUAGAUCUUCCAUCUCUAGCAUUGGCUAGCGAAGCAGUAGUGGCAGAGGUUGAGCUGAUCAUCGCUUACGCUCCUCUUGAAGAUCCUGCUGCAGGGUUAAGUGAAACUAGCUCAAUUGCGGAGCUGUACUCUAACGGGAAAGUAGCUUUGUCGCUCCUAUCCUUUAGUGAGUCGAGUUACUUUGCUUCUAUUCUGCUUGCUUGGCCAGCUAAUGCAUCUGCUCGGGCAUUUCGUCCGCGAGGAAUAUGUUCGAUGUUUGAAAUAUAUGAAGUUCCUUGCGAGGCGACGAGCCAUCUUAUGGUAGGAGAGGAGAUUCAGCUUCAAUCGGAGAUUUCCGCUGUUCAAGCUAUCUCAUCAGGUAAUUCAGUAGUCAGGGAUUCCGAGUCGGAUCCUAAUGAGGAGGAAUUGGUCGAAGGAUGA